AUUCCUCAAACGAUCGACGAAUGGCGCAAAAUAUACGACGAUGAAGACGAAGGCCUCACUGCUUAUUCGGAUGUUUGGUUUCAGUUUAAAGAGCUCUUCGAACAAGCAGGCUUCCGACUCUGGCGAAAACGCUCGUGUUUGAUUCUCGCCCCACCACUUGAAGACGAGGUGACUCCUGGUCCAAGUGGUUAUGCUUAUUGGUCCUUUUUGAAUCCAUCUCUGGCCGCCACGCAAUGGGAAAUAUUCAACGUGAUGAACGGCCGUUUAUUUGCCCUACGUCACAUAGAUGGGCGGGAUUUUGUAGUUCGUGUCAUCACGGCUCGGGGGGAGGGCCAUGAUCACCUUCGCAUUAUUCGAAAGCUGUCGACCAAAUCAAAUCUGGUGCUCAGCAACAACCAUAUCCUCCCAAUGGAAUAUGAAAUACUUUAUGAAGAUGUACUUCUGGGAAUAUACCCAAUGCUUGGAUGGAAUAGGAGAUUAGCGAUGACGAGUCUUUUCGCCAACUCUGUGGAGGACAUUAUGUACCUGAUUUUACAGGCUCUCGAGGACGUAUUUCUCAACAACUUUUUGGUAGAGUGGGUUCCACACACGCUCAUUGCCGGGUCGACUAGGCGACCGACAACGCGACCUCGAGUCUACCCCACCGAUUCCGAAUUCGCAGUUGACUUUCCGGCGGAUUCUUUGCCUGAGGAUCGUCUAUUAACAGAUUUCCCAGUGUCAUUUGAUAACUACUUGAAAAAGAACUAUCCUACUGUCCUUUUCGUUUGGACAUUUGGCAAUUGGGAAAGGGACUUGCCUUUUUUAAGGUACCCCCCGACUUUUAUUCAGUGUGGAUCGGAUACUGAAGGUCGUCCCAAAUUUGCUCAACAGUCAUCAAUUCUAGAAAUUGACGACAUUCUGCAAUCGUUACGGAAUGCCGAUCCCGCAAAGCGGCCAACAGCUAUUGAAGCGCUGGAUAAGUUGGAUCAUGUGAUGAAGGGUCUCCCUCCAUCGUCCUUGCAUCAUCCGACGGCGAUUGUUAUCGCGGAGUCCCUGUGGUUUGUAGAAACGACGUACCAUAGAUACAUGGUCAUUCGGACGCAUGCAGAGCGACAAGCGGGCUUCCUUCCUACAUCCCGCAGACGUAGCAAAGAAGUUAAACUCGGUCCCCUUCGUUUGUCGGAGAUCUCGCCAAUGUUGAAUCAUGUCAAGUGGAGGAGGGUCAAUUUUCUGGAUGAGAGUUAG